AUAAGGUUUUAGUUUACUUCAUUGGGACCAUUGGCGGUCGUCGCUGUCGCCGUCGACGACAGAGCCCUCAUUUCCGCUGUGUCUGUCCUCAAACCUCUGCCAGAAGGCUUCCCGAGCUACUCAGAGACCGCUGCAGAGUUAUGAGGGGUCUGGCUUUUCCUACUGCAGCCGUAUCUCCCCGAGAAUCUUCCUAUGACUAUGGCACACCUUUCAGUGGAGGCGGCAACGAGAAUGCAAUUGAUCCUGCUCUAAGAGUAGAUACACCAAUUGACCCUGCAUUGUUAGGUGGAGAUGGUUAUAGUAGCGGAGUUCCGGUUACUGCACUACCGCCUCAUACCGUCCACCAGCCCGCCCCUAUACCCAUCAGACAAUAUUCGCAAGGCCCCCAAGGCGAUCCUUUUGCGCCUUUACCGCCGUAUGUUCCUGUGGAGCAACCCUCUAUGCCCGUACAGAAACCGCCUAAGAAGAAACGGAAGGUCGUUCGUGAGAUGGAAUGUGGUUUCUGUCAGGGAGAUGAUAACAAGAACAACAAUGGUUUUCCCGAACCAUUGCUAACAUGUUCGGAAUGUGGACGAAGCGGUCACCCUUCGUGUUUGCAACUCGAAGAGCUCGGAGGUACGCUUCGGUCAUACCCAUGGAAAUGUGCAGAAUGCAAGAGUUGCGAAGUCUGCAAUGAGAAGAGCGGCGAUAGCAACAUGUUAAUUUGUGAUGCAUGCGAUAGAGGAUGGCAUAUGGGUUGCCUACAGCCACCACUUACCGAGGAACCACCUGGAAAGUGGUAUUGCCCCAUAUGUCCUCCGCCACUCGAUACACAAGAACGUUUCGCACCCGAACACGAAUCCAAUGAACAAUACCUCGAACCUUCUGAGCCUAUAGACCCCGAGAUUCUUGCUGCCGACAUGACAACUUCACCUCGUCAUCGUCGGCACCGCGAAUCGUCCAUUGCUUCGUCUUCUCAGUCCAUUGCGCCGUAUUCCAGCAAGUCUCGGCGGAAGGGCAAGUCCAAAGCGAGCGUUACUAGUCUUGUAACAGACGAAUCCGAAGUGGAUGUCGAUGGAGAUGUCGAUGGAAUUAACAAUGAGCAAACGCCGACAGCUGCUUUAAGACGUCGGAGUAAAGUCAAGUCGCGAUGGAAGGGCAAGCAGCCGGCGAAGAAUGGAACUGUACGCGAACAAGACGAGGAAACAGGCGCAGAAACUCAGACUGACCUCGAGACCACUCAACUACGGCCAAUCAAACGAAUGCGUCUACGACUUUCUUCACCUAUACCGCCUAAUGCCGAACUUCCGUCUUCGCCCCAUCCGCCACUCCGACUGAAGUUGCUUCCACCGAAGGGCAAAGGCAAGGAGCGCGAGCACGAGAGUGCUGAUGACGGGGAUGAUGGGGGAAAGAAGGGGAUGUUCGAUGAUCUCCUUACUCCGGAAGAUAGGGAUACGACCCAAACGACUAUCACUCAGGCUGAUAAGACCCGCUUCGAGAGAGCGCGGACUACUAGCGAGCAUAAGUUUAAUCCACCGCCGCCUCCAGUAACACUGCCUAGCGCAUCGGAAUCUCCGGAAACACCAGUGGCAGGACCAUCAACUCGACGUUCUACAUUGCUUCAUCUUCCUAUCCCACCUCCGACGCCAGGUCCCGCCACACUAUCACCAGCGCCGUCUACUCCCGCACCUGAUGCCGCCACACCAGUUGACGGUGUUCCAAGGAUACGGUCGAUACGGUUUGGCGAAUACGAGAUUCAGACGUGGUAUAAUGCCCCGUUUCCUGAAGAGUAUUAUACAAGUAUAGUGGAUGGACGACUGUGGAUCUGCGAGUUUUGUCUUAAGUAUAUGAAGAACCGAUUUGUUGCUACUCGACAUCAGUUGAAAUGCAAGAUGCGCCACCCGCCAGGCGACGAGAUCUACCGUGACGGUUAUAUCUCUAUAUUCGAAGUGGACGGGCGCAAGAAUAAGAUCUACUGCCAGAACCUCUGCUUACUCUCCAAGAUGUUUCUGGAUCACAAGUCGUUAUUCUAUGACGUAGAGCCCUUCUUAUUCUAUGUUAUGACAGAAGUGGACGACAUGGGCGCUCGCUUUGUCGGGUAUUUCAGCAAGGAGAAACGAAGUCCGAAGGAUUACAACGUUAGUUGUAUCAUGACGCUUCCGGUGCGACAGAGACAGGGAUGGGGUAAUCUGCUUAUUGACUUCAGUUAUUUAUUAUCUAAGAAGGAACAAAGAGCUGGUUCUCCCGAGAAGCCGUUGUCCGCACUUGGUGCACUGGGGUAUAGGAAUUAUUGGACCCUAGCUCUCAUGAGGUAUCUUCGGACUACUCCAAAGAACCCCAAACUCGAAGACAUCAGUAAAGCAACUUCGAUGACCAUAGAAGAUAUCUACAAUACACUUAUACAGCAAAACAUGAUCACCGUAUUGGACGCGGCGCCUUCUCCUAAACCUCUUCCAGGUCAGACGAUCAAGUUUCCGAAGGGCCGCAAGAAUGGUAUCGCUCGUAAGCAUCUUCAGCGGACAACAACCAACGAUGACGAGAAGGUGAACAGGCCUUUCAUCCCGCCACGCUCGUAUAGGAUUCACUGGGAAGAGGAUUAUGUGGAGGAGUAUAUGGCAAAGUGGGAGGCUAAAGGUUAUCUGAGGUUGAAGCCGGAGAACCUGAAGUGGAGUCCUUUCCUGAUCGCUCGGACUCCCAAGUCAGCAGGUGUCUCUACUAAAGCGAAGGACGAAUCCAUGGUGCAGGCUGCUGACGCGGCCGACGAUGAUUUAUGUCAAGCAGACGAAGUUGAUACGCCUGGUGCUGGUCCAUCAUCGAGUAAAUCUCAUGUCCGUGCCACAGACACUCCCUUUGCGUUAUUUGAUGAUCCUAUUGAGGCUCCCGAAGCACGAAAUUCUAGGCACAACUCCCCUGAUCCAGAUGAUCCUAGCCAACCACAACGUGAGGGACCUAACACGAGGGUGUCACCACGGAAACGAAACCAUCCAGAUGUUAUUCCUACACGUCGUUCCAGACGUUCAUCUAACGUCCCUGUGAUUGCGACUCCGUCACCCAAAAAAUCACACUCUUUUCCGUCAAAACGCCAACCUCCACCUCCGAGUCUUCGUCGACGGCGGUCCUCUGUCAAGGUCCCUCCAGUCGACGAAGAACUUACGUCUCUCACGCCGGAAGACCAUUUGGCUCAGGACGCUGCCCUUGCAGCGAAACUCGCCAGAGAAGAGGGUCGUCCCCGGCGACAGCUUCGUUCACAUUCGAACCAUGAGUCAGAUCUCACCUCAUUGGUUUCUACGACACCUAAACCCAGGGCACAACAGUCUCGGAAACGCAAACGUGAUGAGAUGGAAUCCUCUCCCGAGCCUGAGCCAUCUCUAAGUCCCGUAACGCCUCGGCAGAUUCAUACUCGGCGGUCGUCUUUGGCGGUCAUUGGCAAGGGGAACCACACCCCAAAGACGCCUGUGAAUUCGAGGAAGCCACCCGCGAAGAGAUUACCUCCGUCGGUUCCGCUUUCAAGGCGAAAUUCGCGGACUACGAGAGCGGCAAGGAGGGUUCGCUCGCCUUCUCAUGCGUCGGAGAGUGAAGAGAGGAUUUCGCUUCGGCGGGAGGAAGAAGAGGAAGAAGAAGAGGAAAAGGAGGAACAUCCGGCACCUCUCCGAGAAUCGCCCAAACCGAUGGAAGGAGAGGAAGAGGAGCCUGAGGAGGCCCCUCCUGGACAGCCUUCCCGUGAACUUUCAGGUCAUGCGUCGCAUGCAUCUAGCUUGCACGAGCGACACGAAGAGGAAGAAGAAGAACCUGGGGAGGACGUCAAGUUCGAGGCUCUGGACACCCCUUUGACUGGAAUUACCAGUCGACACAGUGCCCCAAGUGACGACACGAUGUGUGUUCCUGAAGAGCAUCGUGACGCCACCAAGGGAACGCCUGGUCCCCUCGCUGCAACCCCUUUCAGAGUUAACGGUCAUGCUGCCCCUCCACAUGGGCCCAUUGGUGCAACUGCCAAUGGAAUGGCGGUACGAUUGGAAGAGGAGGAAGAGGAGGAGGAAGAGGAAGCAGUUGCUCCUUCCGAACUUCCUAAAACGACAAGCAAACCUCCUGCUAGCAUCAUCCCUACACAAGUUCAGGCUCAGCUUGAUGUCGAAGUCGACCUCGACGCAGACAUUGACGCUGAGGGAGAGCCCGACAUCGACGCUGAAGGCGAAGAUGACAUUGAUGCUGAGGGCGAACCGGAUGAAGACGCUGAGUACGAGGUAUUUUAGAACGCACCUUUGUUCCUUUGCUUUGCUUUUGCCGUGAUGCACUGGUGCUUACGGUUCCGUGGUUGGUUCAAGUAGGAGACAUCAUCACUAUGAACAGUCGAAUGCAUUUAAGAACAUGUGCAUGUAGUUUAAGAGGGUAUAACCUAUGCACAAAGUAUAAUUAUCAUCGGGACCUUUUUUUCCCGUUUUCUUUCGUUGCUUAGGGGGGUUUGUGCAUAUUGUUGCUUUCAUACUAGUGUACAAUCUUUUCAUUUCUGGUUUUCAACACAUACAACUUACUUCUUUUUCUUGGGCAACACAUCAAAUCGUCAAUCAUGUGCACAUGCCACAGCGACAUAUACUAAAAGGAUCCCGAUUGGUACUAGUACAGAUGUAUACAGUACUGUCUGCAAUAGGGUACAAUCUGAACCUGAUUGUCAAAGCC